AUGGACAAGUACCUAGUUCCUCAGAAGCCCUCGUCUCAAAACCCCAGCAAACCCCCUCCAAGAUGGAGUCGAAGCCUGAUCGAAUUGAACGGAAGGUUCCAUCCCAAUUACCGCCAUUCCGUCUCUGGGUUGCUCAUGGAAUCCUAUUCUGAGCUGAGGGCAUUUCCGCAUUUGUACCACAUCAGUGGUGGACUGUGUCAAACCCAUUUGAAUUGGAUCGACAAUGGCGCAUUUUUGUAUGACCAACCGUCAAUUGGAAAGCAAGGGAUAUCUGCACUUGAUUUUGACAGAAAGGGAAUAUACCUGGUAUCUGUGACAAAAUCGGGGUGUUUAACAGUGCAUGAUUUUGAAACUCUUUAUUGCCAGAGUAAUGAACCUUUGCUACGCUUGCAGGAAGAUGAAGCAAAACAUGUGGUGCACCUUUCUUUACCUCAACAACUAGACUUUGUCCGGUGGAAUCUUGCUAACCAAGAUGAGGUUGUUUGCACAUCUAUGAAAAGGAAUGAAGUACUUAUAUUUGAUAUUGGUUAUAUCUCUUCUAAACCAUCCAAGGUGUUAAGAACAAGACCUACUGUUUCUGUUCUUGGGUCUAAUAUUCAUAAAGGUCUUACUGAUAUUGCUACUUCACUUGACGAUUCCAGGAUACUGGCUUCUGAUACAUAUGGUGUAAUCAAUGUAUGGGACAGAAGAAUGAGUGAAUUUCCAUGUCUUGAACUUACAACGGACUCCCGUGGCACCCUUAAUAGUAUACAAUUAAAUGCGGGGGAUCAGAUCAUUUUUGGAGCUGGAAAGCGUGGAUUUGUUUAUGUAUGGGAUCUUCGUGGUGGAAGAACGUCUUCUGCUCUUCAGAGUAAUAAAGAAAUACGUCAUCCGCCUCUAACUUCAUUGAAGUUAUCGUCAAUGUUAGAGAAAAUUGGGCCUCUGAAGGCACAAUCAGACAUUGUUUCUAAGGAAAUACACUCCAUUAAUAUUGAUCCAUCUUGCCCGCACCAACUGGCAUUCCAUCUUGAUGAUGGUUGGUCAGGUGUUUUGGAUGUUUACAAUUUUGAAGUUACGCAUAUUCAUUGUCCUCCACCUGCUUGGUUAAAUGAUCCUGGCGUGUCAGCUGAUCUGUUAUAUUUGAGAAAACCUUCAUGGCUGCCAAUAAAUUCGAUCUACGUGGUUGGAUCAUCAACCGACAAUGGAAUUCAUAUUUUGGAUUUCUAUCCAGAUUCAAGCUCUCCUAGCCAUGUGGACUACAAAGAGGAUAUACAGAGUCUUUCUGGGGUAAAGAAACAAGAUAAGAAAAACAGGUUUGUUCCAUUGUCUGAAGGAGUUACUGCAUGUGCAGUUCAUCCACUCAACAGUACCAUCAUAGCUGGAACAAGGCAUUCAUCUUUGCUCAUGAUUUCUCAAAGUCACAAGUCAUGUUAAGGUGACCAACUGAAGCCCAGGACCAGUGUGAGCAGAAAUGUUGAGUGGUCAAGAAACAACUGCUAUGCGCUUAACCUUGGGGCUCCUACAAUUUUCGCAGUUCAGAAUAUAUAUGUAAAUGUGAGCAAAGCAACUUUCUCUUCCACUCAUGAGCUUUGAAGUAAUGUAUUUAUUGACAAUUUGUCAGCUCAUGGGUUAUAUGUAUCCAGAGGAAGACUAGAGGUGCUUUCGGUGGUCUAACCGGACAUUGUAUAUAUGGUUUACAGUUCUGUGUUGUACUCCAGUAAUUUAGGGUAUGUUGAGAUUGCAGGAUUGUUGUAGACAGUAGUAACUGGAUGUUGUGUAUGGGUUAGGGUUGUGUACUUCAGUUAUUUUACGGUAUCCUGAGAUUAAAGGAACCUUACAGACAAUAGUGA